AUGAGUAGUGGAAGUCACCAAUAUUUACAAAAUGCAAAUCAAAAGAAUAUCCCUUCAAGACCAGGGGAAAUCGAACAUUCAGCACAAGUUUCAGAACAUCUGGCUGCUUUAUUCUUAGAACAAGUACAUUCAGAUGUCACCCUGAUAGUUGAAGGACAAAAACUUGGCGCCCAUAAGGUCAUAUUAGCAGCUCGAAGUAAAUAUUUCAGGGCAUUACUUUAUGGUGGCCUCAAAGAAUCAAGCCAAACUGAAAUUGUACUUCCAGAUGCACCGUUUGAGGCAUUCAGAGUACUCCUGAAAUACAUAUACACAGGUCUGAUGUCUCUUUCACUCUUGAAAGAAGAAGUUAUACUUGAUACUCUUGGAUUAGCACACCAGUAUGGAUUUCAGGACCUAGAAUCUGCCAUAUCUGAAAACCUUAGGCAGAUGCUUGCUUUAGGAAAUGUUUGUGCCAUACUGGACACUGCUCAUUUAUAUGGCCUGGAAAAACUUGUCAAAGUGUGUCAUUGCUUUUUGGAGAAACAUGCCAGUGAGAUUUUGCUGCAGGACUCUUUUCUACAACUGUCUCAGACCUCUUUGACUGAGCUUCUACAACGUGACUCAUUUUUUGCCCCUGAAGUUGAAAUUUUUCGAGGUGUCUGUAAGUGGUGUAAAGUCAAUGAAGACAAGGAUGAUCUGGUCAUGAAAUGUGUGAGAUUACCUCUGAUGAGUGUGGCUGAUCUACUCUCUGUGGUCAGACCUGCAGGUCUGGUCAAACCUGAUGCUCUCCUAGAUGCAAUUGCUGAAAGGACAAAUAUCAGAUUGAGUAGUUUACCUCACAGAGGACAGUUGGUUCUGGAUGAGAAUGUGGCAAGUCCUAGACUGGGUUCAAAAGUGGUAUCUGGUGAACUCAUGGAAUACCUGCUAGAUGGUGACUACUACACCUAUGACAUGGAAAAAGGGUAUACCAGACAUGCCAUCAAUGGACCUGGAGACCAUGGUAUUGUAGUGAAAUUGGGCACACCUUCUAUCAUAAAUCACAUCAAAAUGUUGUUGUGGGACAGAGAUAUAAGGUCUUAUUCAUACUAUAUUGAGGUUUCUAUGGAACAAAAAGAUUGGGUUAGAGUCAUAGACUACAGUCAGUAUAGCUGCAGGUCUUGGCAACAAUUGUACUUCAAAAACAGGGUGGUUCAGUAUAUCAGAAUUGUUGGAACACAUAAUACUGUGAAUAAGGUGUUCCAUUUGGUUUCAUUUGAAACAAUGUACAAGCAAAAAUUGCCAAAAAUGGUGAAUGACAUCAUUUGCCCCAAUUACAAUGUGGCAACACUGGACAAGUGUGCGGUGGUGAUUGAAGGUGUCAGCCGAGCGAGAAAUGCUUUGCUGAACGGAGAUACCAAGCGCUAUUACAUAGAAUCUUCCAUGAACGUCUGGGAAUGGGAAAUGGUGGUCGAUAAUACCAGAGAGAACUGCAAAUCAUGGCAGGUGAUUCGAUUUCCGCCGAGGCCGGUGAUUUUCAUAAGGAUCGUCGGGACUCAUAAUACAGCCAAUGAGAUAUUCUCCCAAUUCGAUACGACUCAAAUUAAUAAGACAAAGACAAAGAUGCUCCCUCACAACCCACCGCUCUCCUUCUCGCCCGCACAACCACGCACCCGUCCGAUAACUCAACAGACAGCAUUACCCGUCCCAGCCGCUCAUUGGCCCCGAAACGCGGAUCCUCCUCAGACGCGCGUCCUCAUUGGCCCGCCUCAGGGCGGGGGGAGGGCCAAGGCCUACCCCCCUCUCACUCGCCGGAUCUCUUCUUCUUGUCAUCGGUCAGUCGCUCACGAACCUCCGUAG